UAUGUCUUACGGAAAUAAAAUAAUACCAAGUGUUCCUAAAUUUACAGAAUUUAAAGAUUACACUUCUAGUCAAGUUUUGCAAAUGCAUACUCCACAUUUAUUAUAGAAAUAGCAUAAAUAAGAUCUAGUCUUAUCAUCUGACUAUUCAAUGGAAGUAGAACCCUCCAAAAAGUAUACAUUAUAAUCAGCUCAUUUACAAUUAACAGGUAAAUUAAAUGUAUAUUAAAGGACAUUAGAGUGAGGUGUAUUGUGUGAAAUACUCUCCAAAUGGUGAAUAUCUCAUAACAGCUGGAUUUGAUAAGAAAAUAUUAAUUUGGGAUAUUUAUAAUAAUUGCACUAAUAUCGGGGUUUUGGGAAGUCAUAAAAAUGCAAUUCUUGAUAUUGCAUGGUAAUAUGAUGGAGUUAGAUUAUUCACAGCAUCAGCUGACAAGACUGUAUAAAUUUGGGAUAUGGAAACAUAUUUACCCUUAAAAAAAUUGAAAGGACAUUAGAGUUAUGUUAAUUGUUGUUAUCCUUCAAAAAGAGGAUAGGAUUUAUUAGCAACUGGAGGUGAUGAAGGUUAUACUAAAGUAUGGGAUUUAAGAACAAGAAAAUUAGCAUUUGAAAUUCAAGGCAAGGUAAAUUUCUUAUUUAAAUAAUCUUCAGUAUCCAAUAACAAGUGUUUGUUUCACUGAAAAUGGAGAGAGACUCUAUACUGGUUGUUUAGACAAUAUAAUUAGAUGUUAUGAUGUUAGAAAAUAGGAGAUAGAAUACACUUUAGAUAAUCAUACAGAUACUGUUACAGGAUUAGCAAUUAGUAAUGAUGGUUCAUAUUUAUUGAGUAAUUCAAUGGAUAUGACAGUUAGAACAUUUGACAUUAGGUAAAAUAUUAAAAUUAAAUUAAGACCAUAUGUUUAAGGAAAAAAUAGAUAAGUAAGAGUUUUCACUGGAGCAACAGCAAAUACAGCAGAAAAGAAUUUACUAAGAUGUGCAUGGAGUCAUGAUGAUUCUUAUGUAUCUGCUGGAUCUGCAGAUAAGAAUGUGUAUAUUUGGGAUUUUAAUUCAAAGAAAGUAAUCCAUAAAUUAGGAGGUCAUUAAGGAACUGUAAUUAUUUAUUUAAUUUAAUUUAGGUUAAUGAAACUGCAUUUAGUCCAAAAGAUAAAUUGAUAGCCUCAGCUAGUAAUGAUAAAACAGUAAUUAUUGGUGAAAUCCCAGAAGUAACUUUGUGAU